GAGCAGAAAAGCCGGAGCCUGGGCCGGCUGUCGCUGCCCAGAAAAGGCAGCAUGACGCUCGGCAAGAAGCCCUCGGCGCUGGAGCUGGCCGAGAGCACCCCGAACGCCCACUACGCCCCACUCUCUGCCGCCCAGGGCGGACAGCUGCCGGCGGGCUGCAGCCCGGAGCCGGAGCGGCCGCUGCGCCUGAGGAGCGAGGUGGUGGUGGUGAACGCCGACUGCCCGCGGCCCCCUGUCAGCCUCGACCCCCGCGUCUCCAUCUACAGCCUCCGCAAGCCCCUGCUGAGCCGCAGCAGCGUCCAGGGCAGGGUCUACAACUUCUUGGAGCGGCCCACGGGCUGGAAGUGCUUCGUGUACCACUUCACCGUCUUCCUUAUUGUGCUGAUAUGCCUUAUCUUCAGUGUGCUUUCUACAAUUGAACAGUAUGCAGCUCUUGCUACCGGGACAUUAUUUUGGAUGGAAAUUGUAUUAGUGGUAUUCUUUGGAACAGAAUAUGUGGUUCGGUUAUGGUCAGCAGGAUGCCGCAGUAAAUAUGUUGGAAUAUGGGGAAGGCUUCGUUUUGCUAGGAAGCCUAUUUCAAUCAUUGAUUUAAUUGUAGUUGUUGCUUCCAUGAUAGUUCUUUGUGUGGGCUCUAAAGGUCAAGUCUUUGCAACCUCAGCUAUCAGGGGCAUCCGUUUUCUGCAGAUUUUACGAAUGCUGCAUGUUGACCGUCAGGGUGGUACAUGGAGGCUGCUGGGAUCAGUAGUGUUCAUACACAGACAAGAACUGAUAACUACACUCUACAUUGGAUUUCUGGGCCUGAUUUUUUCCUCUUAUUUUGUGUACCUGGCUGAAAAAGAUGCUGUAAAUGAUUCUGGAGAAACAGAGUUUGGCAGCUAUGCAGAUGCCCUGUGGUGGGGAGUAGUGACUGUUACAACUAUUGGCUAUGGGGAUAAAGUGCCUCAGACCUGGAUAGGAAAGACCAUUGCAUCUUGUUUUUCAGUAUUUGCAAUUUCAUUUUUUGCACUACCUGCGGGAAUUCUUGGUUCAGGCUUUGCCCUAAAGGUACAACAGAAACAAAGACAGAAGCAUUUCAACCGUCAAAUUCCAGCUGCUGCCUCUCUCAUACAGACUGCAUGGAGAUGCUAUGCAGCAGAAAACCCAGACUCUUCUACAUGGAAAAUAUACAUUCGAAAACCUGCCAGGAAUUAUCAUUUGCUGUCACCCAGUCCAAAACCGAAGAAAUCAGUGAUGGUUAAAAAGAAGAAAUUUAAGUUAGACAAGGACAAUGGGCCUUCUUCUCCAGAUAGAAUGUUAACUGUUCCACACAUCACUUAUGACCAUGUGACGGAGGACAGGAAACCUGAUUUCAGUUUUGAAGCAUAUGAAAAUUCUGUGAAAAAAAGCCCAACAUUUUUAGAUGUGAACACAGGACCCUUCAUCAGGACCAACAGCUUUGCCGAUGAGCUUGACCUGGAGGGUGAGACACUGUUGACCCCAAUAACUCACAUCUCACAGCUGCGAGAACACCACCGCGCUGCAAUUAAGGUGAUUCGUAGGAUGCAGUAUUUUGUGGCAAAGAAAAAGUUUCAGCAAGCUAGAAAGCCCUAUGAUGUCCGAGAUGUUAUUGAGCAGUAUUCUCAGGGUCACCUCAACCUGAUGGUGCGAAUCAAGGAGUUACAGAGGAGGUUGGACCAAUCCAUAGGGAAGCCAUCUCUUUUUAUCUCCGUCUCAGAAAAAAGCAAAGAUCGAGGCAGUAACACGAUUGGUGCCAGGCUGAACAGAGUGGAGGACAAGGUUACACAAAUGGACCAGAAACUGAACCUCAUUACAGAUAUGCUGCAUCAUCUGGUUUCCCGUCAGCAGGGGGAUCAAGGGAACAACAGAUCAUCUCAGAGAGGCAACAAUGUCAAUUCGGAUCUUUUCCUCCCUAAUAACACCCUGCCGACCUACGAGCAACUGACAGUACCGAGAAGAAACGAAGAUGAUAUAUCCUGAUGUGGUAUAAGCCUGGGUUGGGUUCUUCCCACCUUUCUCCUUUAAAUGGGACUGAAUGUUGAGAACCUGGAAGGAAUUAAGUUCAUCAGCCAUCCAAGAAAACAUGUGACUACCGUAUCUAUACCACUAGUCUUCUAAAGCCGCUCGUAAUAGCCACAGGAUUGCCAGGCUGUCUUCUACCAGGCAAAACUUACUGAAGCUCCACGUUGAUUUUGUUCAUGAACAAAUGAUCACAACUCGUUAUUUCUCAGAAAGACCAAAACGAUGUAAAGACAGGCCAAAUGGCAAGCAUUUAGAGCUCCUUUAAUAAUAAUAAUAGUAAUAAUAAUAUUCUAAUAAUACUUGAACUUAGAUGGAAAAAGUGCAUUCUCUUUAUGAAUCUGCAGAUAGCAAUAUAUUUCUACUACUAAGAUUUUUAAAACAAACUAGGAUAACUUAUGUUGGUUUUAUUGUAUAAACGUACACUAACAUUCUAGAGAAUGACAAACCACAUACUGAAUGAUUUUCUUUUUCUGUUUUAUUUAAUGUUGCUGCAUAAACAGUUAUCAGAUAAUGACCAGAUUUUUUAAAUCUGUUUUUCUUCAGGGAGGAACUAAUCCUUAAUCUGGAACAAUACUAUUUAUAGUGGAAACUGCUAUAGAUUUUUUAAGAUACCAGUUUUUCAUGGGCAGACAAUAAAGUAUUGCAUAGAAGAAAUGAUUCUGCUUUCUAGAAAAUUGUUGCCAAAGAAUUUAUGUAUAAAUAGAAAACACAGUGGUCUGAAUGUACUUGUCCUGAAAUAGCUUUUUAAAAGAAGGCCCACUACUUCUUAAAUCUACUGGGUUUUAGCUUACAGUCACCAAGAACAGUACAAGAGGCUGAAGUGACUGGACUUGCUGGUCAAGAGUGUGAGCUGGCCACUUACUGAGCAUCCAUAAUCCUCGCAGGAAUCGAGGCCCCAGUUCAGGAAAGCAUCUCUCAUCCAGACAGCAUAUAUGGCAAUUUGAAUAGUUUCCUGAAUAAUGUCUUGAGAAAUUCAACUCCCUACAAAAGUCAUUUGGUAUUGAAAAGUGCCAGCUCUAAUUUAGAGGACCGAGGGCCUCAGCUGCCCAUGGAGCUGAACCACAUUACCCCACAUGAUAGCUGCAAUAAAGCCAGCAGUGUUUGGCUCCGUGUGAUUUUUCACAUACACAGCAUGCGCAGGAUUUGGGCUUUGAUUACUAAGGUUGAAAUUCAGCCCUUGCAGAUAGUCAGCGCCUGUACCAUAUCAGCCCUGCUUUGAACAUGGAACAUCUUUAAAGCUGACAGAAUGUCAGGAAAAGCUAUUUAGUCCAAUGUGGUGGUGGCGGUAGCCCAUACCGCUGGCAAAAGAAGGAGAUGUAGACAGAUUUACCAGCUCUUGCACUUUGAGCAUCAUAGACAUCCAGCGCAUCCUAUUCCCCUCAUUGCAGAGUCUGUACCCCACAGCGGUCUCUCUCCUUCUCCUGGAAAACUGAUGCCCUCGUAACUUUGCACAGCAGUUAACGUCACCAGUCUUUAUAUCUUUGAGCAGUCUGAAAUACUGAUGUGUAAUGAACUGAGAUCGCAGGGAACCUUCUCAUAGUGCUGCUCAUAUUCCAGGCUUUCUUUUCAACAUUUCAUCUCUUUCACUUGGAUUGCAGAGAAAAGUAUACUGUGUUUAACUUUACAGAUUGUGUUACAAUUAUCCAGCCUCGCUGCUGUACAGUAGAUAAAUGUUAAGAGUGUAGAAAUUUACAGGCAUAAACAGGAAUUGUAUCUGGGCAUUAUGUUUUCUAGAAAUCAAAAUUAUUGUCAUGAUUUUGAACAUUUUUUAAAUGAGAUUCACUGUGUAAUUUCAGGCUAUCAAUCAGCCUGUUAAUUUCCUAAUAAA